AUGACGGGUGUGUUUGGUGCUGAUGCAGGUGAAGUGAAGUCAGUGUCAGUGAUGGAGGGACAUUCUGUCACUCUACACAUGAAUGAUACUAAAAUACAGAGCGAUACACUGAUAAUGUGGACGUUUGGACCUCGAGAGACUCUUAUAGCUAGAAUCCAUAGAAAAGCCAAUGAGAUCUCAAUAUAUGAUGAUGUUCAUGAUGGGAUGUUCAGAGACAGACUGAAGCUGAGCAAACUGUCUGGAUCUCUCACCAUCACUAACAUCAUGACUGAACUCUCUGGACUUUAUAAACUCACCAUCAUCAGCACAGCAGAGACCUCGUACACAUUCAGUCUUAAUGUUCACGCUCAUCUGCCUGUUCCCUUCAUCUCCAGAGUCUCUUCUCAAUGUUCUUCAUCAUCAACUUGUGUUGUGUUGUGUUCAGUGAUGAAUGUGUCACAUGUGAGUGUCUCCUGGUACAAAGGAAAGAGUUUAUUGUCCAGCAUCAGUGUGUCUGAUCUCAACAUCAGACUCUCUCUACCUCUGGAGGUGGAACAUCAGGACACAAACACAUACAGAUGUGUGGUCAACAAUACCGUCACAAACCACACACAACAUCUCAACAUCACUCAAGUCUGUCACAAGUGUUCAGUACGAGGUCUACACCCAGGUUAUAUAGCACUGAUGUGUGUUGUAGUCUUGGGCAUCACAGCUGCUGUCGUGAAGUGUAUGUUGUGCUCCAAGGAAUUGGUGUACAAUAAUAACACUUCAUCUAUGUUGAGGCAUUAUCGUGCCUUGCAUGAGAACAAGGAGAGAAAUGGAGGUGGGCCCAUCCAAGCUACCAGAAAACAAGAGCUGGAUGAGGCCCUGGUCACAAUGAUUGUGAAGGACACACAGCCAUUUAGUGUUGUGGAGGAUGUUGGAUUUAGGGACUAUGUUCACAAACUAGACCCAACCUAUGUUCUUCCCACAAGGCAGGCUGUAAAGGCCAUGGUGGAGGCAAAAUAUGCCUAA